UAGCUUCUGUGCGUGUGUCUAUCAGUCCAUGGUGCCAUCUCACUCAGCAGGGCCUCUCUGGGGGUUCCUCAGUCUGGCCCAGGGACCUGGGCCUUAGCUCGACUCCAAGAAGUUGGCUACAGCCCCAGCUUCCUGCUAGGAAAACCCAGGAGCUGAGGAAACAAUCACAGAAUCCUAAAAUGUCAGAGCUGGAAGAGAUCAUCUAGUCCCAACCUUUCAUUUUACUGAUGGGGAGACAGAGGCCCACAGAACAGGCAUAACCUGCUGAAAGUCACACAAAACAAGGAGACCAGUGCUGGUCCAGUGGCUGUGAUGGGGAAGGAUUAUUACAAGAUUCUUGGGAUCCCUUCGGGAGCCAAUGAAGAUGAGAUUAAGAAAGCCUACCGGAAGAUGGCCCUGAAGUACCACCCAGACAAGAAUAAAGAACCCAAUGCUGAGGAGAAGUUUAAAGAGAUUGCAGAGGCCUAUGAUGUGCUGAGUGACCCUAAGAAACGCGGCCUGUAUGACCAGUAUGGGGAGGAAGGCUUGAAGACCGGCGGUGGUCCCUCAGGUGGCUCCAGUGGCUCCUUUCACUACACAUUUCAUGGGGACCCCCACGCCACCUUUGCCUCCUUCUUUGGUGGCUCCAACCCCUUCGAUAUCUUCUUUGCCAGCAGCCGCUCCACUCGUCCCUUCAGUGGCUUUGACCCAGAUGACAUGGAUGUGGAUGAAGAUGAAGACCCAUUUGGUGCCUUUGGCCGCUUUGGCUUCAAUGGGUUGAGUAGGGGUCCAAGGCGAGCCCCAGAACCACUGUACCCUCGGCGCAAGGUGCAGGACCCGCCUGUGGUGCAUGAGCUGCGGGUGUCGCUGGAGGAGAUCUACCACGGCUCCACCAAGCGCAUGAAGAUCACAAGACGGCGCCUUAAUCCUGACGGGCGAACUGUACGCACAGAGGACAAGAUCCUGCACAUUGUCAUAAAGCGUGGCUGGAAGGAAGGCACCAAGAUCACUUUCCCCAAAGAGGGUGAUGCCACACCUGACAACAUCCCUGCUGACAUUGUCUUCGUGCUCAAAGAUAAGCCGCAUGCACACUUCCGCCGAGAUGGCACCAACGUGCUCUACAGUGCCCUCAUCAGCCUUAAGGAGGCACUGUGUGGCUGCACCGUGAACAUUCCAACCAUUGAUGGCCGAGUGAUCCCAUUGCCCUGUAAUGAUGUCAUCAAGCCAGGCACCGUGAAGAGACUCCGUGGGGAGGGCCUUCCUUUCCCAAAGGUGCCCACCCAACGAGGAGACCUCAUUGUCGAGUUCAAAGUUCGCUUCCCAGACAGACUACCACCACAGACACGACAGAUCCUUAAGCAACACCUACCCUGUUCCUAGGCUCUGCCCCAGCCGGCCCAGAGUCUACCACAGCAAUACCCCCCCACUCACCCAGCCUGUUGUGCACCCAGCCUGACGUCCACUGGACACUGGCAACUUUUUCUAAAAUGCAAAAAAAGCCACUGGUUUUCAGGAAAAUGUUCCUAUCCCUGACACUUUGAGAGCUGGGCUGCCUUGGGGGAGUGGGAGGGAAGUGGGGAGAGGUAGCCCAGGUCAGGGGUCAAUUUUCAUGUCACUAGCUUUGAAAUCUAGUUUCCACUCCAGUAGC